AUGUGGCUUGUUUUACAGUUAUCUGCCCAAUUCGCCCAUCACCGCACCACCUGGCCGCCAGAUACGGACUUCACAGGCAAUGUGGAUGAGUUGCCAGAGAACAAGGAAGGCAUCCCUAUCGGCGAGCUAAGCGGCGUCCACUGGCUCCGAGCCGCACCCAAGAGCUUCCGAAAGCACCUUGUGAGGAUCUAUAAAAAGUAUGGAAAGCCCAUAUAUGUCACCGAGAACGGGUGCCCGUGUCCUGGCGAGGACAAGAUGAGUAGAGAAGAAUCCAUCAAGGAUGAAUUUCGCCAGCGAUACCUCCGCGAACAUCUUGAUGCACUGGUUGAGGCGAUCCAAGAUGGGGCAAAAGUUUCCGGAUACUUUGGAUGGUCUUUCAUGGAUAACUUAGAAUGGUCCGAUGGAUAUGGCAUCAGGUUUGGAGUGACUCACACAGACUACGAUACACUUGAGAGGACGCCCAAGAACUCGGCAUUGAUGAUUAAGGACAUGAUCAAGGAGAGGACGAUUUAG